AUGGUGUUUCGAAACCUAGAUUAUAUUCGACGACACGAUCAACAUUGUCUUCCUACAUUAAUUCGGGCAAUAGCAAUGUACCAAGCGUAUCAGAAAGGAGAGUGUCUCAGUGAGCACACAGUUUGGGAGUUUCUGUAUCAUGAGACAGGAUACCAACAUGGAUUAAACAGAGAACAAGUUAUAGCACAAAUGGCUACUGCGAUAUCACAUUUGCUGAACCAGAUAAAUUUUGUCCACUCAUCAACUCAAAGGUGCCACUCACAUACAGCUGUUUGGUGGGAACUUGAUCAUAUAGUAAAGCACAAUCAUCAUGGCAAAAUUUGUGUGGAAAAUCUCAUACACCACAUUGUCGCCGACGACAAAGACAACACAACCAACAACAAUUACUACAACCACAACUACUCAAGCACCAACUACAACAAAAUCAACAACGUCAACAACAAAACCAACAGUUUCGACAACAAUAAAGACGACACAGCCUAUAAUUACUACAACUCUAUCAAGAUUAACUACAACAACGUCAGAAUUGACAACAAAAAGCAACAACACUACGCCUAUAUCUCAUUCAACAACACAAAGGGUCAAUCUACUGAGUGUUCCAGAAUCCGCACGGUCGAAGAACUAGGCAAAUUUCAUCAACUUUACCCACAGCUCAAUACUGACUGUUCGAAUUACGUGUCUACUUCUAAUUUAAUAGUCAGGGAGUUGUGUGACUUUGUUCCUAAUUCAUUAUAUUGGAAGCCAGGAAGAAAGGUUGUUGAUGCAUGUAACACUCUCCAAACCUAUCAGCCAGUAGCAACCUUCAGUUCAGCCAUUUUCCCUGUGGACGGAUUGGCUGGGAUCUUUCUAGGUUGCACCUCUACAUCAAUCAGGAUUGCAACCCAGGAGUGUGGCGGUACUUUUAAAAUUCUGGAGCUUUCCAGACACCCUACACAGUCUGAAAGAUUUACUCAUACUGCCUUGAACUACUACGUCAUAAACUACUAG